GAACUCCUUCAGAUUGUUGCUUUCAUCCUGUUUACUUUAAUCAGUUUGAGUCAGUGGUGGAGCUAAACGUUAUCAGGUUUGUCCUGAAGUGGGAGGCUCUGUGAGACACUGAUUCACUGAGCCUUUAAGACAUGUUUGGAAAACUUUACAUGAUUAAUGGAGAGCUUUACCGUGCUGUUUCUCAACUGCAACAGUUACUUGAGAAACCAGUUUCAGAUUGUAUUGGGGGGGAAAAAAAGAUACGUAAAAUGAAGAGUCAGAAUUUUUGUAACUUUUUAUCUGAUCAAAAUAGUUCAGAUGGUAUUCUGAGGUAAACAGGGAGCAUGUGACUCAUCACACAAUCUUCUGCAAAGGUGCUAUGGUUGUAAGGCAAGGGCCAGUCCAGUUAGCUCACAUAGAUGAUUAGCACACACCCACCCACCCACACACACACACACACAUAUGUACACGCCCUCAGGCUCUAAGUUAAACUGUAAUCAUUAACUCAGACAGCCUCAGAAGAGAAAAAAAGAGAAGCACUGCUUACUUGCACAAAACCAAGCCGAAACUACGUACAAAUGUCCAGGAAGAGACUCCAGGAAGAGAAGGAAGGACAGCAUGAAUCAAUUGCUUAUGGAAGCACAGUGAGUUGGAGCAGCUGACUCAGGAGAGCUGGACUGGUCAGGAACCUCAUCAUGGUUCCAUUCCAGAGGUAGUUUGAUGAUUAAUAGUGCUGAUAUCGGUGCAGUGUUCCUGAAAAGAUAAGGCUAUCUGGGCUAAAGUCAACAGGGUGGAUCAGAGCAGAGAGCCUGAGCGGGAGAAUAUGGAACAGGAAAGAGAGCGGGACUGGCGAAAGCUGGAGACGCAUUUCGAACUCAAGGUCUUCCUCACUGUACUCUACAGCCUUAUUCUCAUCCUGGGAAUCGUAGGAAACAGCAUCACUAUUCACGUCACGCAGGUGCUUCAGAAAAACGGGUACUUACAGAAGAGCGUUACUGAUCACAUGGUGAGCCUGGCCUGCUCUGAUUUGCUGGUGCUGCUGAUUGGCAUGCCCGUGGAACUCUAUAGUGCCAUCUGGUUCCCCUUUAGCUCUGCGUCUGGAAACGCCGCCUGCAAGAUCUAUAACUUUCUGUUCGAAGCGUGUAGUUAUGCCACCAUCCUGAACGUGACCACUCUCAGCUUCGAACGCUACAUGGCUAUAUGCCAUCCGUUUCGCUACAAAUCGUUGGCACAUGCCCGCACUGCUCACCUCAUCAUUGCUGUAUGGCUCACCUCCAUCCUCAUCGCUGUGCCUCUGCUAAUUACAACUGGAACUCAAGGUCAUGUGGUGGAGCCAGGAGGAGCGCCGGCACAGAACCUGACCUUCUGCACCAACCUGAAUGAGUACUGGGAAAUGUAUCGUGCCAGUGUGUUUGUCGCUUUCAUCUUCUACCUGCUGGUCCUUGGCAGCGUGGCUUUCAUGUGCAGGAGCAUGAUUGUUGUCCUCAGGGCACCUAUGAUUACUAUGGACACUUCAGGUACUAGCGUGCCUAAACAUGAGAGUGCCAGAGUCAAAGCAUCACGCAAGCAGACCAUCAUAUUUUUAGUGUUGAUCAUGUGUGCACUGUUCGUAUGCUGGAUGCCAAACCAGGUGCGGCGCAUUAUGACGGCAGCCAUACCCAAGAAAGCAUGGAGUAAGAGUUACCUGCUAUCAUACAUCAAACUGCACCCUGUAGCUGACACCUUUUUCUACCUGAGCUCCGUGCUGAAUCCUCUGCUCUACAAUCUCUCAUCUCGCCAGUUUCGCACGGCAUUCCUCCAGACGUUGUGCUGCCGUCUCUCUGUCGAACAUGUUAACAAGAGAACGGUGGAGAAGAGCAAAGCGUCUCACGCAUCCAGCCAUUCACUGCGGCCGCUGCUGCGUAAAAAAACCCAGCAGAUGAGCACUCAGCCUUCCAGCAGGGAUGCUGAAACUCUGACCCCAAGUGCAGAGAGCAGCUCUGUUGCUCAGGUCUUAGACACACCUCCGGCCAUCUCCUCAGAGACGGAAACGUGAGUCAUGUCAAGCCUUCUCCUCCACUAAACCCUACUUGGCACCCUGGAUCUCUUUAAUGGACACUUUUUUACACUAUGUAGAUGUAGUUACAGACUGUUGCUCAUCCUUUUUCCAUUUAUAAUAUGGAUGAUGUGAUCACUGGAUUGCAGCUGGCUGAAGAGUUUUGCUUAGAUGAAUGUUCCUCAACUCAGCAGUGACUCACAUGAAAUACACAUACCGAUACCAGACACACUACCACAUCACUGCUGUGCUCAGCAUGAUUCACUACGAGUUAAAAUGUGGUCAGCGGUGGUCCCUAUUCAUUCAUGAACGGGUUAAGUGCAGCUGUGCAUAGCAGCAGAUUUACAUUUACAUUACUGGCAUUUGGCAGACAUCCUUAUCCAGAGCAACUUACAUUUUAUCUCAUUUAUAUGACUGAGCUAAUUGAGAGUUAAGGGCCUUGCUCAGGGGCUCAGCAGUGGCAGUGGACCUAGGAUUCUUAUCUUAUCUUAUCUUAUCUUAUCUUAUCUUAUCUUAUCUUAUCUUAUCUUAUCUUAUCUUAUCUUAUCUUAUCUUAUCUUAUCUUAUCUUAUCUUAUCUUUACAUUAAGGUUCCCUAAAAAAACUAACAUUAUUCACUUGCAUUCUUUAACACAAACCUUAACAUUAAUAAAUCCUAAAUAAUGUUAACCCAUUCAGUUAGAGCAUGUAUUAACUGCCAAGUUUUAAUAUUACAUAUCUGUGUGUCUGUGUGUGUGUGUGUGUGUCUGUAAAGCCAAGUUCUAGUUCCAAUAUCCAGUAAAUGCAGUUAAACACGCUUUCACACCGUUGCCUGGGAGAUUCCCAUUUUGGUGAAUAAAGUAUGUUUUGAUAUA